CCCACCACAGCAACACAAACCACCACCACGAAACAAAACCACAACAACACAACCACUUCCACCACACAGCACAACCACCACUACAACAACACAACCACCACCACAACACAGCCGCCACCACAACACAAACCACCACUAAACAACACAACCACCACCACAAAAGCAACCACUACCACCACUACAUCACAACAUCAGCUCAACAACCACCACCUCCUCCACUACACCACCACUACUACCUCCACCACAGACACCACCAUCACCACUACCACACUACCACCAUCACCACCACUGCUACCACUGUGCUGCUACAGGCCCGCCUCUCCACCUUGGCAUGACGCCAGUACCCUUCUCUAAUGCAACACGCCCGACACCACCACCAUCACCACCACCAACACCAACAACAUCACCAACAACACCUGUGAGCCGCAUUCCUUCGCACUACGUCACCUACAUCCAUCUACCAACUACCACCAUUACAACUAUCAGUGGGUAACUGGCCUCACCACUACCACCACUGCUAGUGGGUGAUUGGCCUCUCCACCACCACCAACACAAGACGCCACCUGCCACUGAACACCUCGUGGAGAUUUACCUGUGGAUGGACAACGGAUGGCAGGUGAACUAGAGAAGCAGUGGGUGCAGGUGGAGUGAAGAACUGGACAAGACCCAGUGGUAGAGUGCACACCUCACAAAGGGAAAAACUUAAGUUCAAUCCACAGGCGAGUGGAAGCGUGUGGGCAAGUGUUAAUGUUGCACCUGCCCUUGUACUCAUUUAUGGUUCCAGGGGGUCGAUUGGUAGCUCCUGGCCCUUUGUGUGUGAUGCUGCGGGGGGUACAACGAAGAUAAGCUACCGUGGCUUUCCUGGGGUAUCGUGGGAUGACGAUGGCCACCACGGGGUCCACCAGAACACCCUGUGGGAGAUAAGUGGCAAGUGUACAUACACAGUGUUAUAGUACAACCCCUGUAGGGUGAAGAGUACAGGUGGGUGUAAGAGGGUGGAGGGCAGGUGUUGAUCAUGGGUAACCCACACCCCACUCACCAAAGACCCAUACUCACACCUCACAACGGACACCCACCCAUUAACCCAUUUAUCCUGACAUGAAUAAAAUGCAAGCAAAUAAUGUAUAGAUGCAAUAAUAGUGAUAACUAGUGUAUGGGAACAACCUGAGAUAACCUAUAUAACUACUAGUAGUUAACAUCUAGUUAUCUACAAGUGUGAUCGAGCACACAAGUGUUAUAGAGAUAACUUUAUCUUACAAGAUGACAUAAUUCAGUUAGUGUAGUGAGUUAACCGUGUUUAUACACAAACUUACAAUUCAGACAUAAGUCAGAAGCAUUGAUCUACUGGCCCAUGCUAGGCAGGUCUAACUCACACCCACUCAGCGUGUGUGUGUGAUAGUGAGACCAGUGCCAGCUACGGUAGACAGGUGUGUGUGUGACGGUGGGAGUAGCAGUAGCGCCUGCUACCUGUACAGGUGUGUUUGUGUUACCUGGGAGCAGCACUGCGCCUGCUACUGGAGACCAGGAGCAUGUGACCAACUAGGGAACGAGCAAGAUGUUCUCCCUCCGUCCUUAUACGUCGCUGAGAGACGAUGAUGAUACUGUUACUGGUAAGAUGCACACGUUUCUCCAUGUUUCUCACUCUACCCUUCAGCUCUCUGAGAGACAUAACUCUCUUACUGGGAAGAGUGUUGUGUACGGCGGUGUGGAGGUUGUACGUGAGGUAGCAGUGAGUGGUCCACAGUGUCUGCACAACCCCACCACCACCACCCCUACCACUUCAUCCAACCCCAUUCCCGCCAGCGGUGCCAUCACUGCCGGCGGCACUGCAGUGGGCGGCGGCGGCAGUGGCAGAACGUGGGUGGUGGGCAGCAGUGGCAGCAGCAGCAGUAGCAGCAGUAGUGGAGGUGGGAGUGGAGCUAAGAACUCCCCCCUCUCCCUCACCUCCCUCAAGGCCGCCUGGAGGAGUUUCACCAAUUUAGGUGUGGGAUCAUCCCGCCUACCCCACCUGGAGAGGGUGGAUGUGGGCGUGAGUGACGCCCACGACUACCGCUACACCCACUUCCCCAAUAAACGCCACCAUAAGGAUACCUCCUUUGACGAUACCCACAUCCACCUAACUCCCGCCUCCCGCACCUACACCCACCCACACCGUAGCCCCGUCCCACCCCCGCCCCACGCCCACACCCCGCCCCCACGCCCACAGGUACCCGAGGCUACCCUCACACUAGCCAGAUGUCUUAGGAAACACAGGGAGAAGCAGCAAGCUAGGGCGCUUACUAGGAAGUCUAAAUCAGACAAUGCACUUCAGAAGAUCGGAGUGCACUUGAAGUCACACUCUGACCAGAACCUUCACAAAGUGUGGCUUGCAAGUGUAAAUAGUUGUAGUGUAAGUUGCAGCAGCAACAACAGCAACUCUGUGUUUAGUACUGUACAACUCUCUGGAGGGAGCGGUGACAGCUGUAGUAGUGGCAGCAGCUGCACCACCAGGGCCGCCCACCACCGCUCCAAGUCCUUGGAACGUCACCAGGGUGCCCGGAUAUACCCAGCCCCGCCCUUAACUCAUACACGCUCCCUUGAGAGAAAUCACAAGUUCCGGGUGGACCUGAGGUCGCUGUGCCUUCCUAAGGACGAGCCGCCACAGCAUUUGGCGCCCCCGCCGCCCACCCUCACGCCCACGCACGUGCCGUGGGCGCCGGAUGCCGUGGAGGGCGUGAGUGUGCAGCAGCAGCAGGUGUGGCUGGGCGGCAUGGAGGGUGGACACGCGGGCGGUGGGGGCGGGUCAUUUAUCAACAAACCCGCCCGUGGAUGGCUACACCCCGACCACCAGCUAGCUGACGAGGGGAUAUGUUAUGGUGUCAGGUACAUUGGUUGCCUAGAAGUCAAUACAUCUAUGAAGAGCUUAAACUUUGACACAAGAUCCUUAAUAGCCAAAGAAUGCAUUAGCAAGGUGUGCGAAGCAGCGGGUCUGAAGACUGCAGAUCGUAAGAGAAAAGUGGUGAAGACAAUUAGUCGAAUCCUGGGAGAGCGACCAAUGAUGGAACACGCUGGUAGCAACGUCAACCUGACCAUCACCAGCACAGCACUCACGCUAACUAUACUGGAAUCAGGUCAAGUGGUUGCCUGUCACGAUAUGCCCAAUAUAUCAUUCGCAUCAGGUGGAGACCCGGACACCUUGGACUUCAUUGCGUAUGUAGCCAAAGACAGCCGGUAUGGGCGUGCAUGUUUUGUGUUGGAGUGUGGGGGAGGCCUGGCUCAGGAUGUCAUAACUACCAUUGGGCAGGCCUUUGAGCUCAGGUUUAAGGAGUACCUCAAGCGAACGCCGUCCGUCCAAUACACCAGCGUCAAAUCUGACAAGCCUGGGAUUAAUGGUGAGGGAACAAGCUGGGGUCGUGAUGACCCUGAAUACUACAAUGACCUCCCUGGAAAAGUGCCACCAGACUUGCCCCCACCUCCUGUGCCCCCACUUCCUCAGUACUCGGCUUCGGAGAGUAAGAGACCCCAUCCUGCUGUUGCUUCUGGUCCAGUUCCUGCUACUCCAUCAAGCAGUGGCUCCACCAGUUCUGUCUCCCCCAUACCAUCAGCAGGAACUACUACCAUUCUUCUUAAUUCUCACCAGCCACUAAGUAGCAAAGAGGAGGAUGUCAAAGAUGAUCCCACCGUAUCAGAAAUCUUCCCAUAUGAGAUAGAUGAGGGCCAGGAAUCUGCACUCUCUCAAAAGGCGUUAGAAUUAGGGGGAAUAUGGAUCAAGGGGGACCCCGGUUGCAAUGCUAUGGGUAUCGAUAAUCCGCAUUUAUGGGGUCCUUGGGAAUUUAUUCCCUUGUCAAAUAUUAAUUUUUUUUUAUGUACAUUAAUACAGAAUAUUUUUUUUCAGGAUGGAGAUUUCUUAGUGCGCGAGUCUCAAGGGACUGCUGGUCAAUAUGUCUUGACUGGGAUGCAGAAUAACACAAAAAAACAUUUGCUACUGGUUGACCCAGAAGGAGUAGUUCGGACAAAAUCACGCACAUUUGAUAGUGUGAGUCACCUGAUAAUCUACCAUCGUGAUAAUGAACUCCCAAUUGUCUCAGCCGAGUCAGCACUUGUGCUCCGUAACCCAGUCCUAAGGCGCACACGCUAGUAGUGUUCAACAAGCAAAGUUAUGCUCUUGCAGGUUGACAAAAGACAGUAAUAAGCCUCACUAGCUGUAACGUUAGCGUCCAGUGUCAGAAAAAUGCACAAGUGAACCUUUAGAGGCCUGUGUGGUUUACAGUUGUAUUGUAACCACUUGUAAAGUUUUGUUGGUUGACUAUCUAUGAGGCUUGAAUUUAUUUCAUGUAUUGUACGUACAAGUAUCAUAACUUAUAUUUUUUCCAAUUAAAACAAUGUUUAUGUCUUCAUCUUUAUAUAAUCGUCAUGAAUGAGUUAUUAAUGUUGUAAAAGAGAAAUAUGAUGACAAUUGUUUCAUGCUACUGUAAUGGGAACUUGAAGUAUGCUUUGUUGGGGAUAUCUGGGGAAGGAUUUUGGUAAUACUGCACAGGGUUAUGAGAGAGAAUUUUUAGCCAUUUUUGAUGUAGCCCUACAUGGUAUAGUGCAGUUCUUGACUGCCUUCCAAACCUUGACAGAGAAUAGCUAAAAACAUGCAAUACAAGCCAUGCCCCACAUUUAUGUAGGAUGUCAACUAUGCUUGGCUCUGCACACCAUGUAAAUUAAUGGUGCUCUAACCCUCUCUGGGUAGGCUAUUAAAUUUCAGUGUCAUGGGUUGAAAGUUAAGAUAACCAUUAACAGAUAAAGCUUACCUAAAAUGUCUUGGAAGGAGUACCUGUUCAAUACUAAAUCAGUUUUGCAUUGGUUAUUACACUAUUUGGCAGUGUAUUGUUAAUGUAGGUAACUGAAGGGAGAGCUUUGCCAUAACAUUUUAUUAAUUUAUUACUUCUGUACUGUAUCCCUUUGCUUUGUUAUAUUACCAUUUAACAUGUACAUUUAACAUUCAGUGAAGCAUGUUAUUUAUUGUUAAAUCAGUGAUAUUACAGCACUAUGGAUGGGCCAUUGUUUAUAUUUUGGUUGCACAUUUUCCAUCUUUAUUAUUUUAUACAAUUUUUGUGGUUCAUUGAUAAAUACUGUGUGUUAGAGCUUGUCUUAGGUGCUUGUGACUGCUCACCAGGUUACUUUUUGUUGUGAGCGCACUCAGUGAAAAUGGCAGUAUCAUUUAGCGCAGUUCAGCGUACGGCAAAUAAGAAUUGUUAUAUUUAUUUACUUGUAAUAUGUAAUUAUAAAGUAAUAAAAUAAUUGUAAUAACAUGGGGAAAAGAGGAAGAGGAGGAGGGAAGAAAGGUGAAAAAAAAAAAAACACGAAGGAAAGGAGAGAGAGAGAGGGGAAAUUACUUUCAUGCUGAAGGUUGAAUUGUCUACUAGUUCUUGGAUAUUUUAAUAGAGUAUAGCACCAAGUGAACAUAGUGGCCCCCAUAGUUUUUAAUAAUGAAAGUGAUUUAUGCUAUAAUGACAUUUAUAGUAAUGAACACUUAGUUUUACUUUAUGUGAAAAAAGAAUAUUUGUCAUAACUGAAAAUAAAACACUUGUAAUAUAUACCAGUAUCAUAGUUCAAACACGUACAUUCAUGAUACAUUAUUCUGCUAAUUGUUUAAAAAGUUAUUAAUAGAAUACAGUACUGUAUUUGAUUAUUGCAAAUUUUUCCAUUAAAAUAUUGGAAUCGCCGAAGCACCUAACACAAGCCAGGGUGAGAAAUUAAUGAAAAAUUAUAUUAAAAUAUUUAUCAUACUGUAUUUAUAUUGUACAUUUAGGAAUUUAAACUUUAAUUUCUGUUGUCAUUUUGCCAAAAAUUUGCUAUCUCUUCCUUUUGUUUAUAUAAAGAUGGCUGGCUAGUCAAAAUUUGCCAUCUAUAUAACUCUUUUAAAAAUAAAUUACAGUACCAACAGGUGGGACAGUGGGAAAAAAAAAAUAAUGUAAAUAGGCUAAUUGCAAUAACAUGAGCAAUAUAAAAAAAAAUAUAGUUUCAGAACUGUAAUCAAUCUCGCGUUGUCUAGAACCCUCGGUCAUUAUGCUGAAAAAUGGUGUGAAUAUUUGGUUCAUAAACGCUCACACCCCGAGUUAGUACGUAUUAUAAUGCUGACUUAGUCAGCUGUUGUUCUCAGAUAUAUUAAAACAUAAUGAAAAACUUUGUCCAGUUAUCAGUGCUUAACCCAUAGUAGUGCUUCAAACAUCUCUCAGCUGGGUUUGUGGACGAUGUACGAGCUUGAAGUAAUGUGUGCCUGUCUGAAGGAUAUUUUCUGUAAUGGAGAAAAAUUUUGCUAUUAAUUUGAAAUCAUUAGAUAGUACAUUCUGUUACGUCACACAUUAUGUUUUAACGAGAAUAUUGUCACACCAAAUAUCCCAACAUUGGUUCCUGAAAAAUACGAGAGAUAAGUAAAACAGAGACCCCUCCAAGUCUUUCCCUCAAGCCUUGCAUUCUUGUGCCCUCCUGUUGUUCGUGCCUCGGGUGGUUCCCAAGCUGCAUCACCACCAAAUUAAUUUGGUGCUAGGCCUAUGGCCCUAGCAGACUGUAUAUUUUUUUCUUACUCAUAAUUUAUUGACACAUGUCGAAACUUCAUGAAAUUUAUAAUAGGAAUAAAUUCACUUUUGUCUUGUGGUGAAAAGGGCAAAAUUGUCCCAUAUUCCAUGUUCCUUAAUUACAUAUAAAUAUUAAGGAUUGAUUAGUAGGUAAAUGUGGUAUGACUAAAGUUUUUUAACUUUAUAAUGAAUGUUAAUGUACUUGACUGUAAGUCAGUGAAACAAAAUUAUAUUUUUUGUAGAAGUGAUGAAGCGUCAUAUUUAGUCAAUUAAAAAACUUUUUUAAGAACUCCUUCAUGUAUCAGUACAAACCCAGACUUGGGCUUUGGCCUGAAUACUUAGACACUGCUUGAAAAUGCUUUUGCUUUGCAAAUAUUUAUGACUUCACAAGAAUGUAGCUCAGGCCUAUUUGUCACCUGAAAUUUAGUUUUAAAAUCUUGUUGCAAACAUGAGAGCUACGACAGGAGGGAAUUGCGUGUAGCCCAUCUUGAGAGGUAAAUAUGUACUGGUACAAUUUUUGUAGUUGAACAAUCUACUGCAUCAAGCAUUUGAACCUCCAGUUUUAGAAUGAAACUAUUUUUGGACAAUUUGUUGGAUGGAGACAAAAUGUUGGUCGAGGGACUAGUGUAAAGGUGAGAUUACACAUGAUGCAUAUUCUUGGGAGAGACACUGUAGACAGAAUUUGGAAACCACUGCUGUAGGUUAUCUCAUAGUACUCAAGUAGUGACUGAGAAUUCAUGUCUUAGCUACCAGUAGUUCUCCUCAAAACAUUACCAAUGCAUAUAGCUUUAAACUUGCCACAUUCCUUGCAAGACACCCAGCAUCAGUCAUUAUUUUCUCUAUAUAGAAGCUUAAGUCACCAUAACCCUACAUUUGUUAUUAGCCAGAGUCUGUUUAGCAUCUGGAAUAAUGAACGGAACUGUAAUAGAGCUCCUCAGUGGCUUAUCAGGUUGGUGGGGCUUUCCCCAGAUUGAAUAAAACAAUCUGGAAAUGUGGUUGAUUCAUACAGAGGUAUUGUUAAGAAAUGUCACUGAGAUGAGAAUGCAGAUCUAAGUUAUUUGGAGUUGGCAAAGGAAAGACUUGCGAAUAGCUCUUAGUCACCCAAAAUAUGUGUUUGUGCAACAAUAUAUGAAGUACGAGUUGCAUUAAAAGCCUUCUGUUCUGAAAUGAACUCUGUAAUGGAGCAAUAUACAGUUUAAUUCCCUUUCAUUUAAGUUGACCAUUACUUAAUAAUAGCCUGUAUCAUUUUCAAUAGUGCAACAUUUGAUGAUAAGUCUCCCCUGUUCCUUGUGUAUAGCAGAUGUCCUGUGUUUGUGUCUGACGGUCCAUAAAAACGAGCAAUAGGUUUCUUACUUGUAACCCAACUAGCUAACUGUAAACCAAAGAAGUAAUGUAGGGACUGGGAAUAUAUGGGUAACUAAUCCACUUCACAUUUUAAUAUCAGUGUGUAACAAGCUACUGAACCUCUAUUUUUCAACAAAUAUUUUUGCUACAUGAAAUGACUGUGUCAUUAAUGACAAACUUGCCUUGUAGUUUUUAGAAUGACAUGUCCUCAUUUAAUUCUAUGUAUUAUAUGUUGUAAUAUACUGUAAUUCAGUCAAUAUUAAGAUUACAUUUAAUUGUACAUAUGAUCAUGGUAUUUUAAUGUUAUGUGUGCCAAAAUACGACUCAUUAGUUAUUUUACCUAUUGGCUGUUGAUAAUCAAAAUGGCUCUUUCUAUUAGUUACUUGUGACUUGGCUGACAUUAAAUAUAAUAUAUAAAUUGAGACACGUGUGAAUGAAUAUAAAUCACUGUAACUUUGUAUUAAUAACUGAAUAAAAUAUCACCUAUUA